CGCAUGGUUGAAAAAAUGAGAUAAUCCAUAGCGAAUUGGAUCACUCGAGCAGAGAAUGAAUUUAACUCGAGAUGAAAUAGAGACUUUGUGUGAAAGAUUUUCGUUGCAUGGACCAAUUUUUCUAUAGCAAAAAGACAGAUAUUUUUAACUCACAGGUGAGUGUAUCUGUUGUUAUUUGAAUUUACGUUUCCCUUCUAUAAACUCCAUCAAUCACGGCAAGUUUGUGGCGUAUCGAUAAUUUCAUAGAUGAGAAGAAUACAAUUGUUUAUUGCUUCCUGUUGGUGCUUUUAUUGAAAUUUCGUCACUUACUAUCUAUGGCAACGGCUCCCUAGAAACUACUCUCUUCUACUACCAACUACAUUUUUUAUGGAUAAACAAGUUUCUUUAGCUUAGCCGUUUGAAGGUUUAGUUGGAAACCUUGGGACUAUAUAUAAUAUAGUUUUCCUAUUUAGAUUAUCUAAUAAUUAAGGUUCAGUGCGGAUACAAGAACCAAUGGUGUUUUAUUAAUAACCUAAAUUCCUAUUCCGAGUUAUCUUUAUUUAUUUUAAUGGUAGUAACGUUAUAAUUGUAUGCUCUCUAGUAGAAUAGCUGUAGAGAAGUAUUGAAUAAUAUUACAGUUGUCUAGCUACAAAGGAGCAAAUGCAUAAGCUUCUUCCCUCCAUAAAGAAUGAAUGUGAUUGAGUGUCAAUUUUUUCGACUCGGUACGGAAUAAUGGUUUUCCGAGUCCUGCGGAGAAGAAAGGUUUUUUUUUUUUAUUUUUACCAUUCUAUUCAUUCUUCAACUCUUUCUUUCCAAUGAAUUCCUCUUCCUAACAACCUUCUCGUAUUCUAGAUAUCCACCGCCUGCCCAACGAUUUAAUAUGCCUCUAAUUUGAGUAGAAUUCUGCUUCCUUUAUCCUAUGAGGUGACUUCUAACUCCAUUCUAUAUGCUUCAUUUUAUAUGGACACACACUUUUGUCUUCUUGAAUGUUUAUUUGUUUAUGUUUAUUUCCGUUAAUAUGAACAAACUUUUACCUUCCUUUCGAUACACCCUCACUAAGUAGCACCUAUACCCCAACCAAACCGGUUUGUUACCUUUGAUUUUGUUACUUAGUUGAUAAACAUCGUGCGGUAUUUGCUUAUAUCUUUCUUCUCUAUGAGGGAUUCCUUUAUCAUUUAUUUUUUGUUCCUUUCUUCGUCUAUUUUUUAGGAUUUUGCGUUCCUCGGGGCCGAAAAUGAACUAAAACAAACGAACCUUUUUUCUUUCAUUGGAUGCCCUACCCUUCCCUCUUUUCCAAUGAACCCCUCUCCACUUGAACCCCUCUUCUAUAUAAUUCCGGCAAUGAAAAAUUCAUGACGUAAGGAACAUAAAUAAACUAGCAGCCAUUGCCGCCUUUUCAUUUUUCACUAUAUACCUCAUUUUUUUUUUCUUAUUUCUUUUAGGAAACAAAAGUUCAAAGUAGAUUCGUGAUUUUAUUCAGUUUCUACCGGUUUUCGGAGUUACUUUAUAUUUUCCUGUUUCUAAAAUAAACACAAACCGGUGGAUUUUAUUACCUACGUGUGCAGCAGGAUUGGAAUAUUUUCAGCUACGGAUCUUUUAUUGACUGUAAUUCCCCUCUAUCACACUACCAAGUACCUUGCUGUACUCUAUUUACCUACUUGACCUAUUUGACAGUAGGGGUGUGUUUGUGUGGUUUGCGCGAGACCAACGUUAAGCAUACUUCUGUUUCUCCUAUCCCUUUUUACCUGUUCAUUCCUCAUUUGCAUUUGGACCGCCCAGGGGUCGAGGAAAGGAAAUUAGAACACUUUUUUUUAUUGUUCUUCUUGUUUGGUAUUCAAAAUGGUUAUGAUUGGUGGUCUCUCCAAAGAAGGAGAUGCUCGAAAAAUUAGCAAUAAGAUUGAAAAGCAGAUUGAAGCACAACGGAAAAAGAAUCGGAAAACGUACAAAAUUUUAUUACUAGGCGCUUCUGAUAGCGGUAAAAGUACCAUUAGCAAACAAAUAAAAAUUUUAAAUUCGAAUGGAUUCAGUCAGGAGGAAAUCAUGUCUUUUAUCCCAGUUAUCCGGCGGAAUUUACUGGAUCCAGCAAAAACGCUCAUAAAACUCGUUAGGAAUGAGGAAAUUCCUUUGGAUCCUUUAAACAUUCACAAUUGUGAAAUCAUUGAAAAAUUCAUUCCUAAUCCUGGUGAGCUGGUAUCCUUGGAUUUCGGAAAAGCCAUUUCUGACCUCUGGUCCGUCAACAAUAUUCGAAGGUGUAUGUAUCGGAAUGACUCUUUUCUUAUAGAUUCAGCCCCCUAUUUCUUUUCAAGGGCAAAUGCCAUUUGCAGUCAAGACUACGUACCUACAAUUGACGAUAUUUUGCAUUCCAGAAACUCCACCAUGGGGAUUUCUGAAAUUUCUUUUGGCAUAGACCAUUUACAAGUCCGUAUGUUUGACGUGGGUGGACAACGGACGGAGCGAAGGAAAUGGAUCUACUGCUUUGAAAAUGUCAAUUCUAUUAUAUUUUGUGUUUCCCUUAAUGAUUUUGAUAAGAAGCUUUAUGAGAGACAUGUCGCCAACCGCAACCGAUUACUGGAAAGUAUCGGUCUUUUUGAUUCCAUCAUUAAUAGCCAAUGGUUCGUUCAGUCUUCCAUUAUCCUUUUCCUCAAUAAGUUUGAUUUGUUUCGCAAAAAGUUGGAGUACGUUCCGUUUAUUGAUCAUUUCCCUCAAUACGCUGGCAAAAACUCUGUGAAAAGCGUCACCAAAUUUAUUCUUUGGAUGUUUGUAAACCCCAGCGUCAACCGACAAAAGCAUAAUAUUUACCCUCACAUAACAACUGCCGUCGAUACUUCCAAUAUUAAGGUUGUAUUCGCUGCCGUGAAAGAAACCAUUUUACAGCAUAGCUUAAAGGAAGCUGGAAUGUUUUAAUCUCUUUUUGUUACAUAUUCGUGCACAGUCUUUCUACAUCUUCCUUGUCACGCUAGAUUAUGUUUUUCUUUUUAUGUUUUUCUUAAUUUUUUUUUUUGUUUCUUUUUCUAUUUAAGGCGUUCGAUUGAUUCCUUCGCAAGUUUUUGGUUGUAUUUAUUCAUCACAUAAAUGACCUUGAUUUGAGAAUCUACAUGGUGAGUUUCUUGAGAUUGAUGAUUCGGUGGAUUUGUUAUGUUGUAUUGAACGCCCAUACUAUUUGAACAAAAUUACAUUUGCUAAAACUUUUUAUGUUUCCCAAUCUCUUUCCAAAUGGAUUGUUGUUUCUUCAGCUUAUUUGCUUACUUUUGUGUCUUAUUUUUUUUUUUUUUUUUAUUUUUUUAGCUUUCUUUCCCAAAUUUCUAUGGACCCUAUAAUAAUGAAGCAGAAGAGACAAAAGGAUGAAGACUACUUAUUGGGAAUGAGUGUUUUCAUCCGCUAAUUUUUCUUUUCUCUAAAAAGGUUAAUUGCUUUUGCUAAUAAUGCCUAUUAAUGUCACAUAAUUCCUCGUAAUAGCAAUUGGAGCCUCAAAAAUAUGAUAUAAAAAGAAAUGCCUUUACAUUCUUUUUUGCGCAAGGCAUUAUCCUCGUAUCAAAAUAUGAUUACGCCCGAGUGUUCUCUGUAUUUUUUAGUCUACUCUAAUAAAAAAAAACUCAGCUACUGAUACUAUAAAAUCUAGCACAUUUUCUAUUUCGCUGUUAUGAAAGAAAUACAUUUAUUUUGCUUAUGAUAGAUAGACUGUAUACUGUGUUUAUUGAAAG